GAGCUGCCAGCGCCGCGGAGGCCGGCGGGGCCCGGCGCAGCAGGUGGGGCGGGCGGCGCGGGCAGGGGCGGGGCCCUGGCCACGACGGGCGGGGCCUGGCGGAGGUGUGGCCGGAAGCCUUAAAGUGGUCGCCGGGGAGUGCCGUUGAGGCCGCCAGUCGCGGCGAUCUUCUCCUCGCGUCUGGGGCGUCGUGGUCACCAUGUCCCUAACGGCCUCGGCGGGCCGGGGCCUGGGGGCCGUGUGGUCCCCAACCCACGUGCAGGUGACGGUACUGCAGGCGCGGGGCCUGCGGGCCAAGGGCCCCGGGGGCACUAGCGACGCGUACGCGGUGAUCCAGGUGGGCAAGGAGAAGUACGCCACCUCGGUGUCGGAGCGCAGCCUGGGCGCGCCCGUGUGGCGCGAGGAGGCCACCUUCGAGCUGCCGCCGUUGCUGUCCUCCGGGCCCGCGGCCGCCGCCACCCUGCAGCUCACGGUGCUGCACCGAGCGCUGCUCGGCCUCGACAAGUUCCUGGGCCGCGCCGAGGUGGACCUGAGGGAGCUGCACCGUGACCAGGGCCGCAGGAAGACGCAGUGGUAUAAGUUGACGUCCAAACCAGGAAAGAAAGACAAGGAGCGAGGAGAAAUUGAAGUUGACAUUCAGUUUAUGAGAAACAACAUGACUGCCAGCAUGUUUGACCUUUCCAUGAAAGACAAGUCUCGGAAUCCUUUUGGAAAACUGAAGGACAAGAUCAAGGGGAAGAAGAAGGACAGUGGGUCGGACACCGCCUCUGCCAUCGUCCCCAGCACAACACCCUCAGUUGACAGUGAUGAUGAGUCUGUGCCCAAAGACAAGAAAAAGAAAUCAAAGAUCAAGACCCUAUUUUCCAAGUCGACUCUGCAGAAAACGCCCCUUUCCCAGUCCAUGUCUGUCCUGCCGACUUCAAAGCCAGAAAAAGUGCUGCUUCGUCCCAAAGACUUUCAGUCCCAGUGGGACGAAGAUGACAAUGAGGAUGAGUCUUCCUCGGCCUCAGACGUCAUGUCACACAAGAGAACGUCGAGUACGGAUCUUAAGCAACUGAACCAGGUCAAUUUCACCCUUCCCAAGAAGGAAGGACUUUCCUUUCUUGGUGGCCUUCGGUCUAAGAAUGAUGUCCUUUCCCGCUCUAAUGUCUGUAUCAAUGGGAACCAUGUUUACCUAGAGCAGUCAGAAGCCAAGGAUGAGACCAAGGACAGCAGCCCGUCUUCCUCCCCAUCCCCCCAGGGCUUCAGGAAGAAGCAUUUGUUCUCAUCUACCGAGAACCUGGUGUCUCGGUCUUGGAAGGAGCCUGCUGAAGGAGGUGGGCUGUCCUCUGACAGGAGGCUCUCUGAAUCUUCCACCAAGGACUCCCUGAAGUCUAUGACCCUGCCAUCCUACCGACCUGCCCCGCUGGUCAGUGGGGACCUCAGGGAAAACACGGCCCCUGCAAACUCGGAGGCCCCAAAAGAAGCCAAAGAGAGCAAGAAGCCGGAGAGCAAGAGGUCCUCUUUGCUGUCUCUGGUGACAGGGAAGAAGGACGUGGCUAAGGGCAGUGAAGGUGAAAACCUUCUCACGGUCCCAGGGAGGGAGAAGGAAGGCAUGCUGAUGGGGGUUAAGCCAGGGGAGGAUGCGCCCGGGCCUGCUGAAGAAGUUGUGAGAAGAUCCGAGAAAGAUACUGUGACUAUUGUCUCCAGACCGGGCAGCUCACUGAACCCCUUUGAAGAUGUGGAGAUCACAGAACCGGAAGCUGAGCCGGAGGCCAAGUCUGAACUGAAACCUCCAAUUCCCUCUGCAAGGGCUCCCCAGACCAGAGCUGUCAAGCCCCGACUGGAAGUGUCUCUGGAGGCGCAACCCACAGCCAGGCUUCCUUCCCCCACUGACGCCCCUUCCUCUCCUCCUCCUCUCCCUUCUAGUUCUGGCCAGGCACCUGUCCCCUCUGCACUGGGACGUGGUGCAGACACACAGUCCUCUGAGAGUCUUUCUGUCUUCUCCUCUGUCUCAUCUCCCAUAGCAGCUCCCAUUUCCACAUCUACUCCAAUUGAAAGCUGGCCUCCCACAGACAGGGGCCAGGCCAAGUCUGAAGAACCACCCUUGCUCCCUGAGGCAGAGUGGCAAUGGGAGAGUUUAACACCAGUUCUAAAUUCCGGUUCUUCUGCCCUGGGACCACUUUCCAAACAGCCACCCAUUCUAGUGAAUAAAGGGGCGGAAGAUUCUCCGAUGGGCAGGACCUGUGAAACAGGCACAGAGAAGAACACCAGUAGCCUUGAGUCAGAGGAGUCUCUCCUGGAGCAGCCUGAAAUGGGACGACAAAAGGGAGAACUUCCGAGGUUUCCCUGCAGAAAACAAGACUACAGCUCAACAUCUGGAGAGGCCCGAGAGGUACCUUCUGCCCUUUCACUCAGCAGUGAUGGAGCUGCAAGCCCCGCUGGGGAGCUUGCGGCAGGAGGAGACCGAGACUUGGAGAGUCAGGCUGGGUCUCUUGCGGAGAGCAAAGCUAGGGAUGCAGUUGAAGAAUCGGUGCCCCCUCUUCCGGUGGGAGAAUGGGUCCCCUCCAUUGAUGCCAUGCUACGGAAGCUGGAAGAGACAGAUCUGAACCUCGGUGAGGGCCAGAAGAAAACCAAGAAGCGCGUGUCGUUCUCUGAGCAGCUCUUCACGGAAGAGGCAGUUGAGAGAGCCGCCCCGCUGGUGGAAGAACACAGCACUUAUCCCCAGGAGCUGACCGCUGCAUGGGCUGUCGCUGGAAAUCCAUCUGACAGGGAACCUCCUGCUUCUCUCCAUGCAGAGGACUCAGAGAGGGAAUCGGUGACCAUGCCUAGGCCGGCGACUUGCGGUACGCCAGCCUCCCUGGCUGAUCACCUCCUCCUCCCCUCCCAGGAGGAGAGUUUCUCCAAAGGCCCCAUGAGAGAAGCAAGCUCAGCAAAAGACACGCCACUCUUUAGGACGGAGGAAGGCGAUGCCCUUGUGACUCAGUAUCAGAGCAAGGCCAGUGACCACGAAGGUUUAUUGUCUGAUCCCUUGAGUGACCUUCAGUCUGCCUCAGAUUUUGAAUCUCCAGUCAUGGCCGAUCUGAACUUAAGCCUUCCUUCCAUUCCUGAAGUCGCAUCGGAUGAUGAAAGAGUAGAUCAGGGCGAAGAUGAUGCUCAGGCUGAAGAUGAUGGAGAGACAACAGAGUUGUCAACUCUGGACGUAGGAGCUUCAUCCCCAAGCAUGGUACUCCCUUGUCCAGAGAAGGGAAAGGGGCCCAGUGGUGAGGCAGAUGGGUUGGCGCUGGGGGAGGGCCUGCGUGAUUUCAGGCUGCAAGCACCCCAAGCAUCUGUGACAGCUCCUUCAGAGCAGACCACAGCGUUCGGAAUUCACAAACCACAUCUUGGCAAGAGUUCAACCUUGGAUAAACAGCUGCCAGGCUCCAAUGGUAGUGAGGAAGAAAAACCAAUGGGAAAUGGGAGUCCAAGCCCGCCUCCUGGCAUGUCCCUGGAGAAUCCUGUACCUAGCCCCUCCCCUUCUGAGACCUUUCCUGCCACACACUCUUUCCCCAGCUCUGUACAUUCUGCCACUCACCACACUAGCACAGCAGAAUCUCAAAAAAAAGCCACAACAGAGGGCUCCGCUGGUAGAGUUGAGAAUUUUGGCAAGAGGAAGCCACCCCUCCAGGCCUGGGUCUCACCCUCGGAGACACAUCCAGUCUCAGCUCAGCCGAGCGCUGGAACGGCGCCAGCCAAGCACAGACCUCAUCCUGUGAAGCCAAUGAACACAACAGCCACCAAGAUUGCUAACUCCAGCUUGGGAACUGCUACCAUCAUCAGUGAGAACUUGAACAACGAGGCCAUGAUGAAGAAAUACAGCCCCUCAGACCCUGCAUUUGCCUACGCACAGCUGACCCAUGAUGAGCUGAUCCAGCUGGUCCUCAAACAGAAGGAAACAAUAAGCAAGAAGGAGUUCCAGGUCCGCGAGCUGGAGGACUACAUUGACAACCUGCUCGUCAGAGUCAUGGAAGAAACCCCUAACAUCCUCCGCAUCCCAACCCAGGUUGGCAAAAAAGCAGGAAAGAUGUAAAUCAGCAGGAAACAACCACCAAGAUGGUUCUGAGAGUUCACUUUCACCUGCUCCCGGGGUCAAGGACUUGCUCUGCCUGGUAACCAGCUGGUAGGCUCCAAAUUGCCAUCUCCCUUGCGUGUUAUCCGGCAAGAGUGAAUUCUACCAAUGGAAGCCAGGCCAAUGAUUACAAUGAAUCUUUUACUGUACAUUCCCAAGGCUUUAUUUUUAAAUGCCACUGUGCCUUUAAGUAGGUUUUGAAUAUUUUAUGCCCACCAGAGACAUGGUCAUAAGAUCUGAUCCUGAGCCUGAGAUUCAGAUGGCGCAGGAGGUAUUCCUGUAUUUUAACACUGGGGUUUUCUUUCUUUCAUACUGAGAUUUUUUUCAAUAUGUAUCCUACAGUUCUUAAAGCUUACCUGAGAGCUUUAAACGAGAAAAGGACCACGCGAUUGGUGCUGUGUUACGUACACGAACUUUCUUAGCUUUUGAGUAGCUCAGGUGUGGCUUUUGGCUGCAGAUGUUAAAUUUUGAUACCAUGUAAACCUACCCAGCUUCUCAGACUUGGAUCUGGUUUCUCGAUGGGAGCAGAGGCAUUUAGAGAAAGCCUCUCUGAGUGUGCCUUUCAGGGUUCGAACAAGCGGCCUUUUCUAAACAUCAGCUUCUACUACUUGCUAGCUUUAAAAUGUGCUCUGUUUAGAUCCAGGGCCCUUCCACUGGAGAUAGGAAAAGUAGAAUCCUGGAACUUAAAAGAUUCACUUUUUAUUCAAUUUGAUGAACUUGGUUAAAGCCCCUCCUCUUAUGAUAGCCAGGUUCCUGCUGGCUACACCAGCCUAUUCAGAGCCUUGCUAGGGGAUUGGGUGGUCCACACACUCGCUGACACAGUUCUGGCAGGUGUGGAAUGACGUCAGUAGGAUUACUUGGCCCUUUCCCCUGUGCCUUUGCUUGGUGCCCUGGUUUCCUCAGCAACACUCCUUGUGAGAGGCAAAGGCAGGGUCCAUCAGCUCCCCAAGAUGAAGAAGCCCCUUCAGGCCAGUCUGUAAUCCCAGCACUUUGCAAGACUGAGGCGGGUGGAUCACUUGAGGUCAGGAAUUCGAAACCAGCCUGGCCAACAUGGUGAAACCCCAUCUCUACCCAAAAUAUAAAAAUUAGCUGCGUGUGGUGGUAUGUGCCUGUUAUCCCAGCUACUCGGGAGGCUGAGGCAGGAGAAUUGCUUGAACUUAGGAGAUGGAGGUUGCAGUGAGCCAAGAUUGUGCCAUUGUAUUCUAGUCUGGGCAGGAGUGAGACUUCAUCUUAAAAAAAAGAAAGAAAGAAAGAAAGAAAGAAGCCGGGUACAGUGGCUCAUGCCUGUAAUCCCAGCACUUUGGGAGGCCGAGGCAGGCAGAUCACAGGUCAAGAGAUGGAGACCAUCCUGCCAACAUGGUGAAACCCUGUCUCUACUAAAAUUACAAAAAUUAGCAGGGUGUGGUGGGUGCCUGUAGUCCCAGCGACUUGGGAGGCUGAGGCAGGAGAAUCGCUUGAACCGGGAAGGGGGAGGUUGCGGUGAGCCGAGAUCUUGCCACUGCACUCCAGUCUGGUGACAGAGCGAGACUCUAUCUGAAGAAAAACAAAAAGAAGUCCCUUCACUGUGCAGGGGACAGGAGACCAUGGAUUGGACCCCAAAGGGAUUGAACUGCAUCUGUAUAUCUGUCCUUUGAACAGUUUUUGUCCCUGCCCAAAAGGAAACCCAAAUUAUUUCUGGGGUACUGGGGAAAUCGUCGUGAAGGGCUUAAUGUGGUUAAUAAAAGUUGAAAGUCAGUAGACAACAGGAAUGCCUCAGCCUUCAAAUAGUUGCUUCUUUUCCGUUUCCUUCGUGAAUAGACUCACCACCAUUUUACCCCCUUGUUAUAAAAUUGUGCAGAGCAAGAAGAUACUUAUUUUUGGAUUUGUAUUUUUAAAAUUAGAUUUAUAGACUUUUUUUUUAACUCGGAUAUUUGCUUCCUUCUUAGCUAAAAGCACUAGUUCAGAUUUUUCAGGUAAUUUUGUUGUUACUCACUUAAGACUGGAAUUAGAAUGCUUCUGGUAUUGCUCAUUUUUUCUCCUGGCUGUGAUAGAAUCUCAUCCAAUCUUGACAUCUCUCUUAGGGGAAGAAUAUCACAGGCCAAUAGCAUGGGUGGGGGUGGAGAUGAUAGCAGUUAUUAAAUCAAGAAUCUUUUUUAUGUAUGUCCUUGUUACAUUGGGGGUAAGAGGCAAGAUUAUUGGCAGCAGAAUCCCAUUCCAGGAUUUUGUUUGCUGUGGCAUUGGUUUUAUCAGUGCACUUUAAUCUGAAGGAUGAUACUGUAACUUGAUUUAUCUAAUCAGCUUUUAAUUAUCUACCGCUAUUUUAUUUUAUUUAAUUCUCUCCUACAGUACUGGGACCACUGUAAACUUCUCAGAUGACUUGUAUUUUUGUAGUGCUAUGAAAUUUAUUUACAUACUUAUAAAGAAAACUGUAUAGUCACUUGAACUCUGAAAAUGUACAUGUAUGACUGGAUGCGGUAGCUCAUGCCCAUAAUCCCAGCACUUUGGGGGGCCGAGGUGGGUGAAUCACUUGAGGUCAGGAGUUCAAGACCAGCCUGGCCAACAUGGCAAAAACCCAUCUCUACUAAAAAUACAAAAAUUAGCUGGGCGUGGUGGUGGAUGCCUAUAAUCCCAGCUACUCAGGAGGCUGAGACACAAGAAUCGCUUGAGUCAGGGAGGCAGAGGUUGCAGUGAGCCGAGAUCACACGCCUGCACUGGAACCUGGGCAACAGAGCGAAACUCUGUCUCAAAAAAAAAAAAAAAGGAAAGAAAGAAAGAAAAUAUACAUGUGUAUGUUUGUCCCGCGUUAUGUUUUUUACUUGAUAUAAAUGUAUUUUUACUGUGAUAACCCAAGUGCACUGGGGGGCAGGUGUGCUCUGCAUGAUUCUUCCUCCAGUGGAGAGCUGGUGUAGAGACCUGCAGUGUUUGUGAGGAUGGUGGUUUAGACAUGUCUGCUGCUGGGACCUGGGGCAUGGGACUCAGUCCACAUGAGAGGGACAUCUGGGUGGAGGAGUGAAUUCCUGUGCUCUGAAAUGCCACUUGGGAGCUCUGGACAAUGAAGGACAAUUGACUCAAGGGUGCCUGGCUUCUGCUGCUGCUGGGAAAGAAUUCCGUUUAUAGCAUUCCUGCACCUCCCAAAGUAGAUAAGCUGGAGGUCAUUCAGUUAACAGCUGUCCCUGAGGAGUCAGUUUGUGGGGAGGCAUUAUCUAGGAGAAGCUUUAGCCUGCUCUGAGCCAUUAGCAGAUAUUAGUGAAUUGGAGCACUGGAGAAUCCUACAAAUUGGCUUUGUCUCAGAAGAGCUGGGACCUCCUUCCAACUGCUACAGAUGCCCGCGGGCCCUGGGAGGCGGCUGUGCUCUGGAGAAGCCGGAGCAGCUCAUUUCUUGGCUUGGCCUGGCCUGGCUGCCUCCAGAAAGAGCAGUCAGGACUUGAGGGAAGCAUCAAAUUCAUUACCCAUAACCUGCAGUUGGAGAUCAGCUUUCUGAAAUGUCCAGCCUUUGCCCAGUUGUUUCAGAUCAUCUCAUUUCUCAGGCUUUGGCAGGUGUCCUGCCCUCCCUCUUAUUCCCGUGUGUUCACCUCGUCAAGAAGGCAGAGUGGAUGUGGAGCAAGUCUGCCCUUUGCCAUAGUGACAGCUGUGGGCCCUGAUUGGUGAAGGCUAUGCGCAAUCCCGUAUGAAGGAGAUACAGGUGUGUGUGCACGUGCCUGUGCCUACCUGAAGGAGAUACAGGUGUGCACGUGCCUAUAUGAAGGAGAUACAGCUGUGUGUGCACGUGCCUGUAUGAAGGAGAUACAGGUGUGUGUGCACGUGCCUGUAUGAAGGAGAUACAGGUGUGUGUGUAUGUGCCUAUAAGGAGAUACAGGUGUGUGCUUCUCAGUUUUGCUAACAGUGGGAGUUCAACGGGGCAGAGAGGGAGGAUUGGCCAUGAUGCUCAGCCACAUACUGUAGAGAGAGGCAAUUUGAUGUUAAAUGACAUGCCAUCCUCCCUCUCUGGGUCCCUUCUCCCAGUCAACUUUUUUCUUUUUCUAGAACUACUCAUUAUCCCUCACGGCUAAAAAAUUAAUUGCCUUAGGUGGAGAACUUAAUUUCUCGUAUCCACACCAAACUCAACUCCGUGGUUUCUCUGUAUCUACUGUGUGAGCUGCUUAACUGACGCCCUCUUCCUCUAAAUGAAGGAUUGCUCAGCGUUUUGGAUUCUAGAAUUAUUAUUUUCUGCUUUCUUUCUUUGGGACUUCUGAAUUUCCUUGUUCUUGUUUUUAAGAAGUAACCCAAAAUUUCCUAUAACACUAAAUAAAAUGGUACUACCUUUCAAA